GGUUACAUGCAUUGUGGCAGUGUAGUCGUCGUAACCGCUACUUGAUUUUUAUGAUAAGGCUUAUCAUUUUGAAUUUUGUAAAAAGAAUACCUAUUUCUUUCCUAAAUAAUCUAUCUGUGCUCAACUGUCAGAUUUGAGAUUUGACAUUUGAGAUUUGUUAUCUCUGUCUGUGGCAGCAGCAGGCAGCUUUCGCUUUGGCAUUAGCUUUUAUUAAAACUUCUCUUCUCGUCAAAAAUUAUAAUUUUAAUAAUUCCGCUAUGUUCUGUUUAUAUCGACGUGUGUGAAUAAAAAGUGAAACGAUAAACUGAAAUUAAUUUAACUUCCUUUUGUUUCUGGAUGAGGUUACAAGAUUGUCAAAAUUGUCAGUACGAUGUUUUGAUUCCAUUUCCAAAUUUAAAAAUAAAUCAAUGUGAUAAAUAUUUUCAUUUUACGACACAAAUAAUUAAAAUCUUGAUAAAUACGGACUGUAGUACGGGACAAUUGGAAUAAUUGAUAAAAAACGGUGUGCGUUUAAUUUAUAAUAUUGUGUUACAAUCUGAAUUCGUAAUACAGUAGUUUUUAGUGUUGUGUGAUUAAUAACAAAGAUAAAAGUGAACUCGAUACGAAAGUCUGGUUUUAAAAUAGCUGUGAAAAGUUCAUAUAUAUUUGCUGCAUCGAUACGUAUGGACAGGAAGGAACAAACACAUAAAGAUAAAUCAAUGUAAAUGACGGAGUAAUGUGACAUAUAUGAUAUAAUGUAUCCGUGAGAUUCGCAAAAGCAACCAAGCCCCAACGUGACUAGUAGUAAUGUUGGCGUGCGACCGUUAGAGGAUGAAGUCGUGGGGCGAAGCGCUGGGGCGCAGCGCCGGGGCGCAGUUCUCGCGCGUGGGGCGGCUGCGGCGCGCGCUGCUGCUGCUGGCUGCCGCCGCCUGCACCGCCGCAGCGCUGCUGUACUGGCGCCAGCAGGCCGACUCCGCGCACCGCCCGCUGCACUCGCUCUACGCGAAUGUUGCGCCACAAUGGUCAUGGAUCUGCAGAAACGACCGCUGCGAGCGGUUCCUCGCGACGGAGACGCCGGUGCUCCAGUCGCUGCCGACUUGCAACAUGCUGUGCGCCUCCACCCAGCUGUGGCCGCAGCCCACCGGCCCCGUCAGCCUGGCCACCGCCGCCGCGCACGUCAGCGCCCACGGCUUCUCGUUGCAAGUGGUGGCAUCCCCUUCGCGAGAAAUCAAGGACCAUCUCGCGGACGCCUUCAAUUUGAUGGUCGAAGACUUGAAGGCCCUCGAAAGAAAUGCAGGCUUGGACGGCCGACGGUCGAGUUCGGGAACCCCUCGCGACGUCGUCGUGCGAGUCAACGUCAACGGCACGGCAGAUCCGCGGAUGCGACAGGACACCGACGAAACUUACAAACUGACGCUCCGCCCUGUCGCCCACACGCUGGUGGUCGACCUCGCCGCACGAUCGUUCGUCGGCGCGCGGCACGGCUUCGAGACUCUGUCGCAACUCGUCUGGCUCGACCCUUACGCUGCGUCGCUUCUGAUCCUCGAAGCGGCGACCGUGGAGGACGGACCGCGGUUCAGAUAUCGGGGACUAUUGUUGGACACCGCACGAAACUUCUUUCCCGUGAGUGACAUACUGCGGACGAUCGACGCGAUGGGAGCGUGUAAGCUGAACACGUUUCAUUGGCACGUCAGUGAUUCACAAUCGUUUCCCUUGCGACUGAACAGUGCGCCGCAGUUGGCGCAGCACGGCGCGUACGGGCCCGGCGCCGUUUACACCACCGAUGACGUCAGGACUGUAGUGCGGAGGGCCAGGUUACGGGGAAUCCGGGUCCUCAUCGAAGUAGAUGCGCCCGCACACGUCGGCAGGGCGUGGACCUGGGGACCGGUCGCCGGUCUGGGUCAUCUGGCGCACUGCGUGGAGGUGGAGCCCUGGAGUACAUACUGCGGCGAGCCUCCGUGUGGUCAGCUCAACCCGCGAAACCCUAACGUGUACGCUAUUCUCGAACGCGUGUACGCGGAGAUCAUUCAGCUGACGGGAGUCGAUGACAUAUUUCACCUGGGCGGCGACGAGGUGUCGGAACGCUGUUGGGCGCAACAUUUCAACGAUACGGACCCCAUGGAGCUGUGGUUCGACUUCACGAAGCGCGCGAUGCGAGCGCUGGAACGCGCCAACGGCGGGAAGCUUCCAGAGUUGACGCUGCUUUGGUCGUCUCGCCUCACGCACACGCCGUACCUCGAGCGUCUCGACAAGAAACACUUCGGAGUGCAGAUAUGGGGUUCCUCGCGGUGGCCGGAAUCCCGUGCGGUGUUAGACGCUGGAUAUCGUUCAAUUCUGUCGCAUGUAGAUGCGUGGUAUUUGGACUGCGGUUUCGGUUCGUGGCGCGACAGCUCGGACGGCCACUGCGGGCCGUACCGCUCGUGGCAGCAGAUCUACGAACAUCGGCCUUGGAUAGAGGAGAUGCCGGGGCUGACGGCGGGCGUGGAGCCGUGGCGGAUAGACGGGGGGGCGGCGUGUCAGUGGACGGAGCAGCUGGGGUCAGGUGGACUGGACGCACGUGUAUGGCCGCGAACCGCCGCGCUGGCAGAGCGGCUGUGGUCCGACCGCUCGGAGGGAGCCACGGCGGACGUUUACUUGCGACUGGACACGCAGCGGACGCGGUUGUUGGCCAAAGGAAUCCACGCAGCGCCGCUGUGGCCGCGCUGGUGCUCACACAACCCGCACGCCUGCCUCUAGCUUUAAAUUACUCAUCCUCGACGAGGAGGGAAUUUUAUACAAUGGCUUCGAACGCCGCGCUGGCGUCUGCCGCUCGCACAAAUUUGUGAAAUCUAAAUGCUUAGAUAGCUCGACAAAUUGUUUUUGUUACUGACCGUUGUGGGACAUGACUCAUUCUUGGGUCCCGAUACUCGAUGGCAUCCGGGCGCUACUGCAAAGUAUAACAUCAGAUCUGUUCGUUUUUAAGAUGUGUAUGUGUGACGUCACACAGACCCCGGCAAAAUAGUUGAACCAAAAUGAAAUGCCUGCGCAAAUACAAUUAUUACAAAAAAAUUAGACGCGUCCACCGUAGUUUCUCGGUAAAUUAAAUGAGUAAUUGAAAGUACGCGAUUUGAGUUUAGCGAGAAAAUUGCAGAGAUCACAUGUGGUUCUUAUUUUAUUUUAAUUUGUUUGUUGCAUUUGAGAGUUUAUUGCUUAAAGUAGGGCAAAUUAUUUGAUAAAAAUUAUCACUCGAGGACUGGUUAUAUGGAAAAAAUUUUACGAAUUUUUUUUUUAAUUUUUUAUAGGUUAAUGUUGAUUAUUAGUCUAUUAUGAUAUUAAUUUACGUAAUUGUAGUUAUUGUUAAAUCUUGUAAUACAAAUUAGGAAAAAAAAUGUAUUUGCGGAUGUCAAGGUACGUGCUCAGACCAAUUAUUGUAUAGGACCUGCCUCACUAGACGUUACUUUUCUGUGAAAGUAUAUGAUCAACGAUCUAAUGCGGUUAUAAAAACUGUCUCUAUACUAUCGAUGUUAAAUAGUUGUAAUCGUAUUCGUCGGUUAAAGCGCUCCGUAAAAAUACCUUUUUGUGUAAUUGAAUUGUGUAAAAAACCUUUGACUAUAGUAAUGACUCUGAUGCCAAACGGAAUCGGGGCCCAGUUUUAGUGUUAUUUUAGUUGUGUGUACAUAGUAAUAAAUUGUUAUAGAUGUAGGCAACAAUGACAUUAGAUACAUAUUUGUACAGUGCUUCGUAGCAACAUUUAGAUAAUUAAUUUAAUAAAUCUGUAAUAUUUCUUAAUUUACACCUAAGUGAAAAAUGUACUUGUAAUAUUAUAACGAAAAUACUAAAUUACAUAAUAUGAUAUUAUUAAUAGGUACGUACAAUUUGACUGCCAUUCUAAUCACAAUUUAAAUUUCAUUUCGUUUAUUAAUAUUGCACAAUGUGACAUUACGUAUUAUAAUAAUGCUAUGCUAUAAUUCAAUAAAUACAUAAAAUAUAUACAUUAUUUGUUAUGAGUAAAACUAGACUAAUUGGUUCUAAAUUAUUCUGUUAUUACCAUUGACCUCUUAUAAUAAAAGGACGCACAAUCAUGUAGAAAAUUUCACUUAAAAACUGGUCAAUUUUGCUUUGACAGUUUUAUUAUUGGUAAAGAAAAUUAUACCUAAAAACCUUUGAAUGUAAUCCAAUAUUCAAUUUAAUCCCAAAUUUAGAGCAAAUUCAACCUUAAGGAAUGAGUUUAAGGUUGAAUUUGCAUAUGAGACUACCUGAAUUGAGUGCCAAGGAGUUGUGUUUGGCACUCAUUGAGUAGGAACGUUUUUUUGUCGCUAAUGUGCAUCCACUUUAAUAGGAGAUCGAUGGUUAUUACCAAUAAUAUGUCUAAGCACAAUCACUAGGUAACAGUUAUAACUAGGGUUGCCAACAAAUACAUAUUUUUUCAUUCAUUUUGUGUCUGAGUACUAUAUUACACUGUUGAAGAAAUAUAUAGUAGUUAGUAGCGUAUCCGAGUAUGUAUAAUGUAUAUCUUAUCGUGUUCCAAACUUUAAAAAAAUGUACUUUUGCUUUCAUUAAUUUUAAAAUUAUAAACGUGAAAAUCCAUGUGACACUCUUAUUUUAGUAAAAAAUAAUCUUGAAAAGUGCAAGAAUAGUUUUAAUAUACUCGUAAAAAUAAAUAGGCAACAAAUAUAAAUAAAUUAUCAUUGUAUUUUAAUUAUCCAAAAAUAUACUAAGUAUAUUUUCUUUAAGUGUACUACAUUUUUACACUGUUUUUUGAUACUAUAUUUUUUUACAGCUUCGAUUUAAAAAUACAAUGUUCGCAACCCUAGUUAUAACCAUUUGUGGUUGGUUAUACUGUAACUUUAAUUGACCUUUCCAAAUUUGUCUAUUAAAAAAGUACUGUAUUACUUUUAAUUGUCAAUUUAGAGAUAUAUUGUGUUCAACUUAAUCAGCACUAUUAAAUGGAUCUUGUUUAUUGUAGAUACUUGUAUUAAAAUAGUAUUUGUACAUCAAAGGUAAGUAAAUUAUGGCAAGUAAAGUUUGGAAUAAACGGUUUUGGUAUGUAGAGUCUAAGAUUGUUAUUAUAACAGUGUUAAUUUGGUUGUACGUAAUUAUUGUGCUUAAUACAUUGUCUCAUCUUUCUAUCCCUUUCCACAUGGAAGAUUGUGAAAAGGAUAGCUAUAUUUUAAAUCCUGUCAGUUUAGAUAUUUCCACACCUAUUUUUUGUAAGUACCUAAACCAGAUUUUUUAGAUGAUGUGCUAGUUAGUAUACAGGGCACUGGGGAGUACAUUGCAAUUCUCUAAACAUUGACAGGUCAAAAAAUAGACCUGACCAGUAUACUUAUGAUGACGACACGACAUAUAUCGAACCAAGGGAAAGACAAAUGCCGAGCAAAAGCGGCGGAAUUGUAAAUUCCUCUUUCCUCAGACAGACAGAGAGAGCCAUAUUUUAGAUUCUUUGUAAGUGUGUAUUAUAAACCUACAGAAAUAGAAAGCACUUUGUCGGAUAGCGUUGCACUCUUUGAUUGAAACACAUGGUUUGCUAGUAGAAGAAAUUAGUUCUAUUUUUUUCUGCAACAUUUUUUUAUUUUCUGAUUGGGCUAUAAAGUAAAAUAUAAUGCCAGUUUUACACUCUGUCCCAAGAUUCCUCGGCGAGAAUGUAGAGUUUACACAUUAAUCGUAAUGUUGUUUCGCCAAAUGACACAUUUUAUUUAUUGAUUAUUAUUUUUUUUAUUUUUACUUGGAAUAGUUAAUUAUGCACUAAUUGUUAACAAUUUACACACUGGUAUUGAAAUGCUAAGUUAAAAUAAUGUACAUAAUAUAUAUACUGCCGAAACUUAUAAUUAAUGGAAACCAAAUUCUCAAGGUUUCGAUUUAAGAAAACACUUAUUUUAGAAGAAAUCAAAAAAUAGUUGAAGCAUUAAAAUAUAAAGUCUACUAACAGCUAUUGAUAUUAUUCUUAGAUUAUGGAUUGUUGGAGUUAUUAUUUAUUUAUAAUUAAUUAUUAAUUAUUGUUCUCAAUAUGAUUAAGAUUGACGAUACUAAAGUGUUUUUCAGAUAGCAUCGGUACAGUGACAGUCGCCUGUGUGAGGUUCAUAAUACGUACUAUUAUUGUGAAUCGCGGCAAACUUUCAACAGUGAAACGAACUGUCAUCUGCACCAUCCUACAUGAAACGAACUGUAAAGUUCCCAACUGAAAAUACUGUGCAUCUUAGUAAGAUUCAAAUUAUUUUGAGUCGGGAUUUCUCAAUAAGGUGUCAGUUACGUAGGAUGAACGCACCAUAUAUAAUAAAAGCAUUUAAUAUCUAUCUUUAUUUGGAAUAAGCGCCUGCUAUAGCCAGACUUAUCUCAUUUUAUUCAAACUUUUUAUACAACACUUCACAGAACAUGCAAGAAUACGUUCUACAAAGUGCCGUUCUGUGACCACCAACCUGCUGGCCUAUUCACUGUUUAUUAUAACCAGUAAACAUCAAAUCAAUUGACAAAAUAUCAUCUACCUACUAUAAGAUAUCCACCAGUAAGCACUGGAUGACAUUAAUUGUUACAUAGAAUCUUAAUUUUCAACCGACUUCAAAAAAAGGAGAAUUGACAAUUUUGAUUUUUUUUCUUCAGAUUGGUCUCAUUUCAUUUUCAUGAAAAUCGGUUAUAAUCAAAAUAACUGAAAUACAUCUUUGAAGUCGGUUCAAUUUUUAUGUAAAAAAGAUGAUGUAUAUGUCAACUAGCAUUAUAUGUCAAAGAUAGUUUUUUUUUACCUAUACUAUACCUAUGAAAGGAGUGAGAAAGUACUGACAAAUUUUCAGCAUUUAUAAAAUGCGGUAUGUCUGGUUGUGCUGGCCUUCGUUCCAAUAGCAAAUCCAAGAUGUUAGCCACAGAAAUAUAUGUACAGACACAAAAUAUUUAUGUAUGUAAUGUAAUGUAAUUUAUACAAAAAAAAAUAUCGUUGGAUGCAUUCUCUAACUGUAAUAUAACUUAUAAACGAGAAUGAAAUUAUGUUCUUCCGUGGUAAUAUUCUUAAAAUAUUGAGCAACUUUGCGUCCUAUGGGCUAUGGCUGACAUUCUGACAAAUAAAAAAAAUGCGAUGGGCCUGAUCACCUUUAUGUACUGUAGUUUAGAAAGUGUUAUCGCCGCGUUGCAACGACUUCAGUGUGUUCGUGGCGUUCGAGCCGUCCACAUCUCUUUAUGUGUAAUUCUUUAUGGGUUUCUUGGGAUAGGCGGGGAGAGUGACUUGAGUGGCUAAAGGGGAGAAUUUGUAUAACAGUCAAAGGCGCCUUUAACCCUACACACAACGUUCACAAGUGCGUGACUUCACUCAAGGUCAUUCUCUGCCAUUCUAGGGUCUUAUUUUGGUUACAGUUUGAUUUGUUAAUUAAGUUGUCCUGACAAAUGUUCUGAAACAUACCUUUUUUCGAAAUUAGUUUUCUUAUUUUUGUAAUCACUUUUGAGUCUGCUGAAAAAAGAUAUUUCGACAAUAAUAAUAAUCAAUAUACCUACAAUUAAUAUAAUUAUGUUUAUAUUUAGUUUCAUGUAAUGAUAAUAUUUAGUGUCAAGAUCCCUAACUUUCUUAUUCAAUCGGUGUCUGGACGAGAGACCUUGAAACGAUAGUUGAGGAUAUGUUUACACGCGGUUUUUCUUUUGUUUAUGUAUACAGUUUGACACUAGGUAACAUAGAUAACGUUUAUGUUUGGUGAGUUUUAUAAAUUAUGAAAAAUGUCUCAAUAGAACAUUAAUAAGCUAAAAAUCCGUUAGAGAUCCUCCAAAACUUGUAAAACACCAUUUGUAUACGUGUAUUAGGCAAAUAAAAUUUCAUUUCAUUUCAAAAAGCAACGGAUAGUGAUCCGAAUCUUUCUUCACCUUCGGAUAUCUGCGAAAAAUGCAAUAGACAUAAUAAUAUCAUACAAAAAUAUGCAUUUGAUCAUACGCGGUGUAUUGCCCUGCCGCGGCGCCACGUAACCGGAGACACCUAAAAUCGUGUAUUGUGCAACUUAUUGCACGAUGUUAUAAACGUCAAAAAGAUGGCAUCCAACUAUACCUGCCUGCACGUAGGACGCAAGUUUGCUCACCAUGGUCGAAGGUGUUGUAGUUUUCGCUGCAAAAACUCAACAUUAAAUCUUAAAUACUCAAUUACGCUGUAAUCACAAUUUUAUUCAAACUAUUUAGUUCGUAGAUGGCCCUAUAUAUAGAAUGAGAUAAUUGCAUACUUUUGUUGUACGCAAAUCUAAGUGAAAGCACAAAUAUUUACCUCGAUAUUUAAAGUUGUUGUAUAUCUAUUUAAACUAAUGACUCAAAUUGAUGAUACAUCUAACAUUAUAAAGCUCAAACUUACACAACUUAAAAACUUAAGUUAAACUUAAAAACACAACUUAAAAAAAAACGUGUAGUAGCCGAGUGAAGAGCCUAACGUAAUUGUCUACGGCCCGAAUUAAUAAACGGUCCUCAAUAUCGAGUUAUUGAGUUCAGUGUGCCCAGUGGGAGUUUUCAUACUGUUACUAUCGCGUUGACGUAAACGCAAAUUUAUAUGGAAUAGAAACAGUUGUGCAGUAGUGCCACUAGAUGGCGCUGUUUCAAUUCCUUAGAAAUUCGCGUUUACGUUAACGUGAUAGUAUCAGUAUCAAACUGCCACUAGGCCCUCAGUAACGUUUAUUCAUACGGGCCUACGUGUCGUCCAACUCUACGUGAAUGCAUUCCAAAACAUGUUAAGAGUGUGCAAUAUGUAAUUUGGUGGUUACAAAUGGUUCUGGAUCUCAGAUGCUGGAAAAGUUAGGAGCCUGAUAUUUGGGCAAAUGAUAUUUCAAAGUGUUAGGUUCGUUAUGACUAUACAAAAUACACAAUUUGUAAAACUUUUCUGGAUAGUUUAUUUUUUUGAAAAUUACAUAUUUUGCUCACAUUUUGCUUUCAAUCCCAGGAAAAGCAAACUUAUUUUGUUAAAUAUUAUAUUGUUUUGUAUAGAAAAUUAGGUAUAUAUCUUGAACAUGGCCAUUUUGUUUUUCGUUAUGUUGUUUAAUUUACUUGCAAUUAGGUAAAAAUGGUUUUGGCGCUCACUUCAUAAAAUUCGAGUCGCGCGUCAAUCGCUCCGUGCUUUUCACUCACGUGAAAGUCAUAAUUCAUAAAAUGUAUACUAUUUCAAACGGCGGCGCGGCGUCCCAAAUGGGUUAAAAUCCAGCAUUCCAGGCUAUUUGGAGCUUCCAAGACGUAGAUGACCUAAGGCAAACUAGGCACGACAACAGGGGCGCCAGAUAACAAAAGGGCGGAUACUAAAACCUUUAUAAGAAAGAAAUUAGGUAUAGUUUUAUGAUGGUCACAUGUAGGUUUUUUUUAAUUUGCCGUGUUUUUCAGAUCACACUUUCCUUUGCCAGAGUUUACUAGGUAGGUACUAGUUGAAAUUAAUAAUAUGACCGCUUGGAGACGCCGAUGAAAUGCUUGCAUAUGGCGAUAUCGUAGUUUAGGAAUCUAUCAGGUUUAUCGCAGUAAUAUUACAUCUGCCUUUUCAACUGGACACUAUUUACCUAUGAUAAACUUAGAUUUGCGUAUAACUGAAUAAAUGCUAAUAGAUAAUAUAUUAACAGGCACAAUUUUGUACAUUUUGUAAGUAAUGUUUGGUGCUAUAGUGGUUUUGUGGUGUACUUCUAUAAAUAAAUAAGUUGAAACAAA